GGCCUGGCACCACCAGCUCCAGCCGUCCAAGGGGCGAAGGUGAUGGCAAAGCGGAAGCCCACCCUCCCCUGCUGCCUUCGUCACACCUUGCCCCUCAGAACCCCCACGCCCUCAUCGCCUCUUCUGGCGAUACCUCGCCAGAAACCGUCCAAAGAGCCUCUUCGACUCAGGUCACGUACGAUGGAUUUUUAGCACUGUGGCAAUUAGACAGCUCUGAUGCAGAUACGAACGCCUCCCCGUCCGAUGACACGGACUGGAGCCACGAGGGUUUACUCUCGGACUCUCCCGUCCCCGGAAGGCUGGCCUCUGCUUUCUGCAGGAGAACGUUUGAACGUGGGGAGAAGCAAAAGGAACACGCCCGCGAGCACACUUUCCCCGUGAUCGUCCCUUUGGAUGCAAUUGACUAUUCCCGGCCCUUUCUGGCCGGCCUGGCCGAGCACCUAACCCCCGGUCAGUUUCCCCGUUUCCAGUGUCCAAAGUGCCCCGCGAGCUUCACGCUCAAAUCCAACAUGGACCGGCACGAGAAGACCAUCCACUUCAACCGGAAGAAGAUGCAGUGCCCCCACUGCCUCAAGCUCUUCCGGGACAAGACGGACUUGAACCGGCACCUGAUGUCGGUGCACUCCCGAGAACGCUCGUUCGCGUGUCUCUUCUGCGGGAAGGGCUUCGGCACCCAGAAGAACCUCGCCACUCAUGUGAAAGUUUGCUACCUCAGUUCGGCACAGCCAGUAGCUGAAGAGCUUUUGAAUGAUCUCGGUCAGGACCAGGAAUCUGAGGAGGAAUAGGGCAGUCGGCAGCCUCUUUGACAGUGGGAUCAGAAUCCAUAAGUGUUUGUGUCUGAGCACCUCGGCCACUUUAUCCUGCUUUGACAGCGAUCCCAGUCCUCAGGGCGAUUGCUGGGCGGUGGGAAAGAGCCAUAGGUUUGUAUCCCAUGGAGUCCGCACGCGAGGAUGCGUUUCUUUCUUGUCCUCCACCUGGCAGUCCCUCGCACCUUCCAAAACACAGAUGCUGGAGGUUGUGAGGCCAGUUUGGUGUAGUGGUUUAGAGCACAGAGAGA